GCAGAGCACGAACGAAAAAGAAGAAGCCGAGAGCAAGAAAGCAGCGAAAAAAAGAGAUUUGUGUGUAGUUUAGUCAAACAAUUUCGAUUGAUUGCACUCAAAAGCAGCAAAAACAUUUUACAACCGAUUAAAAUCGAGGCACGCUCGUCGCGUAUCGUUCAUAUUUUAAUUUUAUCAUAAGUUUUAACGCAGUAAAAUUACGGUGCGAAUAAAUACAGAAACGAAAAUCUGUGCUUACAAUUUUUUUUUCUUCGCCUAUCGGAAUGUAUGUGUCUGUCUGUCAGCACCAAACAGUGAUCGAAUAACAACAACAAGGAAAAAAAAAACAUUUUCAUCGUCUGAAAAAAAGAGAAGGGGGUGAAUUUGUGUGAAAAGAAAAAGAAAGAGACAACACACAGCAAAUAGAACGCACGUUGUUGUGUGUGUGCGUGCGGUAAUAAUGAAUGUGCCAUUAAAAAAGCGGCAUAAUUACGGCAUUAACGGGAGUGCAUCGUCGCAAAACGAACCAACGACGUCCGCCAACCGUGUGCAUUCAACUAAUUCAAAUGAUGAGGACGAUGAGUAUGACGAUGAUCAUCAAUCGUCGAAUGUGGAUGAUGACGAUGAUGAUGAUGAUGAGAGCUCGGGUAUCGGAGCCAAUACCACAAUGGCACACAUUGGCAAAGAGGAUAGAAAACAACAGUAUUUGAACAGAGCAACAUCAGACUAUGAUAUAAGAACUGUUCGCAAUCAUCGUCCAUCAACAGACGAUGACGACAAUUCAUCACCAUCGGAUAUCACGGCAUCAACACAUAAUUCAUCCAAGAAAAAUGAACUAAAUAAAAUAAGCAGCGACAGUAGCGAGACCAGUGAUAGCAGUGAUAGUUCCAAAUCAUCGAAAGAUGAUGCAGUAAGUGAAGUAUUGAGCGCUUGUGAUCCGUUGACCGAAGAAGCGGUCAUGCAACACAAUACCGAUUUGGAGCCCAUGAAUUCACAAGAACGAAUUCAAUUUUGGAAUUACUCGGACGCCGAACUUACCGACGAUAUUUACAACGAUUUUGAUGAGGAGAAAUAUAGCUCGAAGCCAAUUCGAUCGGAAAGACUGCAAAAGCGGAUGUAUACACAGCCGGGUCCGAAAUACACAUCACGAAAAUCGAAAAAAGAUGAAAAAUCUCGUAAGACUGACGAUAAACCAACGAGCUCAUCGCCAAAAUCGAAAGCCGAUCCAAAAGAAGCCAGAAAAACAAAAGCAUCACCCACAAAAAAGGCGAAAAAAAUUCAAGAAAAAUCGCCGCCAUCACCACCAGUUGCUAAGUUACCGAUUCCAUCGGCCAAAGUAGAACAACGGCCUAUAGUCGUCAAUAAAUCACCAUUAGCUGUUGCCCGUUCACCAUUAACCGCCACACAUUCACCUCUGGCCACCAAUCAUUCACCUUUGGUCACACGUUCACCAUUAACCCAUUCAAUAUUGUUGUCACCAGUUCGGCCCCUUCUAAAUAAUGUGGCAAACAGGCCGGACAAUGAGAUACCAUCAACGAUAAAAUUCCGUGUUAGUUAUAACAAAGACACAACGAUUCGAUCGGAUAAUAGUUUUAAAGUACCAACAACGCCAAAUACGUCAUUUCGAUCAAUGAACGAAGGUGGUUGCGCAAAUUGUAAUAAACGUUCACGAAAUGUUGAUAAAACGAUGUCAUCGCCGGCAUCAUCGACCGAAAUUCCGGUAAAUAAUCAAAAGGAAUUUUACAAGUAUUUAGGUAUCGAUACAAAUCCACCGGUGCAAGAGAAAGUAUCGCCGGAACCAAGUCCAAAUGAUGCAUUAUACAAUAAUCGAAGAUCGUUACGUGUGUUUAUUCAGCAGAAACAGCAUGAAUACACGAGGACAUCCACUAAAGAUGACCAAUCACCGCACCAAAAAUCACCAUCAACACAAACGUGUCACAGCCCAAAUAAUGUACAUAAACACAGCCCAGAUAAUGGUAAUGUAUUUACAAAGUCACCCAUCGUGAAUGGUGGUGUUUUAAAAACGAAUGUGAUCUCAAGUCAUAUUAAACAACGUCACACCUAUGAACCACCGUUUAUGGACGGCGAUGAACAACAUCCGAAUACUAAUGUGCCGACAACUGGUAAAUCGUUCAAUGAGACUGAAACCACGAACACAACAUAUGAUGCCAAUCGAUUUGGCGAAAGCAGUGGUAGCCAAGCAGUUAAAGGGCAACGAGUUUUGAAACGAAAAGUUUUGUUGCCCAGUCCAAUGAUGUUGACCGAAAUGUUUAAACGAUAUAAACAAUGUUUUAAACAAGGUUUUGCCAUUCGACAACAAAUGCGCCAUCAAAUGGUGAAACGUGUUAAAAAGCGGCCAUCGAACAAUAUUCAAUCGACAGAGAAAACAUCGACACAAACAGAAAAUUCAACAAUUGAAAUUAAUACCAAAAUAAAUGGCGUACAGAAAUUAAAUAGUGUACAACCAAUGAACAUCGGUGGAGAUUUAAUCAACUCAUUUUCACCAACAUCCAUCACACACUCAAAUGCAUCCACAGACAGUGCAAUUGUUGUUAAUUCAAAUGUUAUUGAGAAUGGAAUACCGAUUGUUACAGUGGAAUCUGCGUGUUCAAUGCAAUGCCAACAAGAUCUUGAUAAUCACGUGGAUAAAUCACAAUUUCGAAAUCCAUUGGAUAUUAAAAAAAAUGGUGCCGUCCAUGCAAUUCUCACCCAUUCAGCAUCGCCCAAUGAUAGUGAGGUUAUUGUUGUCAUUCAAGAGUCACAAAUUAGCUUUUGGAAUUCAACAUCAAAGGCGUUGACUAUGUUUGGCAUUGCACGGUCUUGGAUGAAAAUUGGCGAAAUAACACGAAUGACGGAAGGCAAAGAAAUUGACGCAUUGUAUCAGCACCGCUUGAUGGAUAUCGGUGAGACAUUUCCGGUUUACGUGGAAAUAAGAGCAAAAGAAUCAGCUCCCGAUGAAUUUCGUCAGUCCAACUUGACCUUUGUCUAUCUCAACGUGUAUUUUGUAAAAUUAAACGCCGACAAACAUCCGCAAAUCGUGAUGGAAUGCGUUCAUUUAGACACGAUCAAAGGAUAUGCCAAUUCAAUUUAUUAUACCGCACUAAAGACAUCACCCAGUGUGCUAAUGACUUGGACUGAAUACAAUGUGAACAAUCAAUCAAGGUGUGGGAUCAUAAAAUACACACUAAAAAUGCCAACACUUGACAAUCUCGAAGAUAUUAUGGACUAUUCGGAUUUGCAACACGACAUCAAGACUCUGAUCACCAUCGGUGAUUACCAUGUUGUUGGAUGUGGCGAUAGAACUGUAUCAAUGUGGGACCAUCGCAAUGGUAAUCUGCUGAUUGAUAUUGAAAUUGACCUACCGACUAUUGGACAUAAUAUUGCUUGCUAUACAGUGACAAUCGGUGACGAUGUACCCGAUUAUAUGCUGCUGCUUCAAUUGGUGUCGGAUGAAGGAAAUGACGAAUCAAACAAACAAUUGAGAGUUAUGGCUGUGCAAACUGUUGAUCCAUACCAUUGGCGAACGCUUCAAACACACGACAUUCCCAAUAGUUAUGGAAAAGUUUGUUCGAUUUUCAACAAAGACGAUAUGUUAACAAUAACCUUCAGCAGUGGAACGAUGUUGUAUUUGAAUCUAACAUUGCCCCAUCAGAUCUACAUUCGGAAUGUAUCAUGGUCGGUGCCGCAAACAAAUGGAUUGAGUGUGUCAAAGUGCGGAGCAAUUGGUACGCCGACACUUUUUACGCAAUCCAAUGGACAAACAAUUGAAAUAUUCAACGAUCGCAUUGCCAUGAAAUCAGUGUGGGAAUAUUUUAUCAAAAAAGACUAAAUCAAUCACAGUAAAUUUUUGAAUCAAUGUUGGUGUUUGCAUCAUCAAAAACGAUUUUAAUUGAUUAAUUUAAAAAGUAAUUAUUGUGAAUAAUUCAUUGCAGCAUUUUUUUUUUGUUCAAACUUUGAAUGUCGAUAAAAUUCAACCAAAUAGGGAUACAAUAAACAUGUUAUGUUUUAGUUUAAAAAAAAAAGAAAAAAAAAAUAAUAAUAAUAUGAAAAAUAUUAAUUUAUAUUUUUCUCACACAAUCGGGAACGAUUUUAUUUACGUGCCUUGCAAUGGCACAUUGAAAAUGAACCAACCAAUUUAUUAUAUUAAAUUUAUAGGCCGCAACCAACAGAUUUAUAUUCAGUGAUUCGAUAAAAUUGAAGAAAACUUUUUUUUUAGUUUGAGAUGAAAAUUGUUUUAAACGAGGAAAGAACAAAAUAUAUGCUUAGGAAUUUGAGUAUUAUUAUGAGAGACAAUUAUUAUUGUAAUCUUGUUGCGAACGCAAUUCAAUCAUAAUCAAGAGUCAUACGACUCCAAUGAACACUAAAUUUCAAUAAAACAAAUGCUAUAUACUAGAACAAAAUGGCA